GCCUGUAAACUAUAAUUAGCAUACUCUAUUUUGCGAGCUCUUAUGCAUAGUAUCGAUCAAUGACUAUCUAAAAUAAACGUGAUGUGGGCUAAUUGAUAACAGUGUAAACGUCCAGGUAUGAGAAAAAGUAAUUGCUGUUGUUUGUAAGCGACUCAUAACUAGACAUAAUUACACGACAUUAAUAACAAUAGUCUUCCUAAUUGAGGGUUCAGGUCCAGUCAAGGGAUUAGAAAAUAACUGAACCAACGUGAAUCAGUUACCGUAUGUUUGUGUGUUCCUUUGGCUAGAGUAGCCUAUUGCGUAUAUCCCAGUGACGCACGAGUCAGGUGGCGCCUCAUAUAACCAGUGGAGCUGUCCCCGGUGCUGAACACAGAGAAUCCCUGUUUGCGAUCACACUGGGAAAGAGAUGGCUAAAGACACCAUGCCACCAAUUUCCAAGCUCUCUUCGGCAGGAAUGGCCUUUCUCUCCCUGCUUCCUCUCAUCUUCCUCUUGGACUCUCCCAGUGUCCAGGGGGCCACUCUCAGAGAACACAGACUGAGGGGAAGCGAGCCAGACCUCCGGGAUGGAGCCGCCCCUUACUUUCCCCCCAACGCAGACAUGCUCAAGGCACUAGAGUACAUUCAGAGCCUCCGACAGCGCACCCGGGCUGGAGGGUCAGCGUCUCAGGAUCAAGCUUCACUCACCCCAAACUACGACACCACUGACAUGGACACAGAGAAACUCCGCACCAUGCUGAGGCUGGCCUCUCCAGCCCAAACUAGUCAGAGUAAGAUUAGCCAGGACCAGGACGAGGAUCAGGAGGAUGAGGGAGGAGAGGGCAACGAGGAGGACAAGACACAGGAGUGGCUGCAGGCGGUGCUCAGUACACUCCAGCAGACUGAAAAUGGCCCCAAGCCAGCCCCUGUGAGGUCCGGCGCAGCCCGCCACGCUCUGAGCAAAGGGCAAAGACCUGCGAAGGGAGAAGAGAGCCAGGUGGGAGAGAGUGUAGCGUAUCCUUGGGCAGAGCAGCGCACGAGCCGGCCUCACCGGAAGUACAACCUGAUGUUUGAAGACGACGAGGACGGUGAGGGGGGUGGGGAAGGUAGAGCCCCGGGACGUGAGAGCCCCUUCAAACGCACCAAUGAGAACAUGGAGGGGAAGUACACGCCUCAGAAUCUGGCCAACCUGCAGUCUGUGUUCGAAGAACUAGGGAGGAUUGCCAACACAAAAGCUGGGGCUGGUCACAAACGGCAGACAGUGGAUGAUGAGGAUGAAGAGGAUGAUGAUGAUGACAUGUUGCGGGUGAGGAACCUGGCCUACGAAGAUGUAACUGGGGGAGAAGACUGGACACCGAUGGAGGAGCAGGUGGAGACAGAGGACGAGGAGAGCGACAACAGGCAGGAGUUUGACAGGGGUUUGGAGGAUGAUGGUGAUGAUGAAGAUGAUGAUGAGGAAGUUGAAGAGGAAAUUGAUGAAGUCAAGCGAUCAAGCCCGUCGGGUCCUGGAGAAGAUGAUCCUGAUGACAUCACCAAGCUGGUGGACUACUACCUUCUGAAGGUACUGGAGAAAAAAAAGGAGGAGGAGCAGAAGAGAGAGCUAGAAGAAGAAGAGGCCAGAGAAGAGAGGAAGGCAGCUCAAACCCAGCACAGUGACAAGGUAGAUCCAAAUGCCAUUUACCAACUCAUCCAAAUCUCCCAGAAUCUACAGAUCCCACCAGAAGAUCUGCUGGACAUGCUAAAGAGUGGAGAGAUGACAAAACAGGUCAGGAAACCACUGAGGACACAAGCGCAGUCCCUGACACCCAAUGAUCUGGCCAGGCUAGAGGACACAUUUUCUAAAAUAUCAUCCAAAAAAAUUAAUAAGAUUCCUCCCGCGACAUUUUACAAUAGAGGGCUGCCUGAAACCGAAACAAGCAACGUCCCGGACGACAUAAACACAGAAGACAUUCUAAAAAUCCUCGGUCUCGGAAACGUGGGAAAUAAAAAUUCCGUGGCGCUCAAGAACCAGAAACAUCAUACAAGCCCACAAUCUAGGUUUUUCGAUCCAGCUGGAAGGCAGGGAGGCAACAUGUUCUCUGACCAAAACAUUCUCGAGAAAGGAAAGGACGACUAUGAUGACACUUUAAACGAAGAUGAGCUGGCGACUUAUCUGGCAUCCCAGAUGGCGCAAUAUCCACAAGCAGUCAACAACGCUGACCAAAAGCGCGCAUCACAGCUUCCCCCACGAGACAAUCAACUCGUGCUGGGAACGUUUGAGCAAGCGAUACAGGACUACUUUGACCAAAUGGACUCAAACAAAAGCCAGCCUCGGAAAAGACACACAGAACCCGAAUACACGGACGAUGCAUUGCAAACGCAAGGCUUGGAUGACGACACGAUGCUGAAAAUUCUAGGCUAUCUAAACCCGGAGACCGAAGAGAGAGAAGAUAAGGACCUUUACCCAAAAACGGUCAAAGGAAUGUAGUGGGUGAAGAUAAAUAUUAUAUAUUGUUUUGAUGGGGGGAUAUCAUAAUAAAAUAUUUUGAAAAAUAAAAACGUGCAAAGGACUUUAGUCUAUUUAGUAGAUUUACUACAGCUCAUGCUUUAAUAGCCAAUUUCUAUAUGAACUUGAUCUGAUGUAGCUACGAGUGCCUAUUCGUGGUUGUAACUGGGUGUGGCAUUUUCAAUGUUUUUGAUAGGCUAGUUAAAACAAAACUUGUUACCUUAUCCCACUUUAAUUAUAUUCAGGAGGUAUACCAGCCGUAAAUGUUAAAUGCACAUACAACCAAAUCAGUGUUGGAUUCCAUAAGUCCACUUGUGUUCUUCGUAAAUUAUAUUUGGUACUUGUGUUCGGUAAUAUGUGACGUAUGAGGUUAAUAAAGCAUUGACUUUAUUUUUUC